AUGAGUAACAGCGCGACCACAACAAGUCAAACCAAUUUAAACUCUCCAAAUAUCAGAGAACGGAGAUUUUCCCAUCAUUUUACAAGUGCGCGCAGAGCUCUGAUUAUCAGCGAUGUGACGCCAGUAUGUACACCCCAGCACUCGCAACAUUAUGUACACCCCAACACUCGCAACAUUGUUAUUGUGGCAGAACUUCUAGUCGACGAACUUGUCAAGCAAGUCCGCAGCGGCAAAAGCACGAGAGGUCGCGUCAAGAAUGAUACCCUGGUCGCAGUGCACGCCGCGUUGGCGCCGCUCUUUACGAGAAAGUACUCGACCGCGCUUUCUCUGAAGCAGGUGAAGGCGAGAUACACCGCGAUGAGAAAUCACUAUAACUAUAUCUUGAUUGUCAAAAGCUCGACCGAGUUCGAGUGGGACGAAAGGCACGGCAGAGCAAUGGCGGAUCCGGAGCCGUGGGACGUGCUGGUUAAAACGAGGCCGCAUCUGGCGCCGUGUAUAAAGAAAAGAUUUCUGUUUGAGAAAGAGUUUGCUGAACUUACUGGAAAAAUACCAAGCAAAGAGAAGUCUUCGAUAAGGAGAUUAAUUGCCACAGGUUCCGCUGCGAGCAAAGCUCUGCUUGAAAACAAAGAGAGGGGGAGGUAUGUCGCGAACGGGGAUAUAGCCCGUCUGAUGGAACUAGAAGACGCCGCCUUGGCCCGAGUGAGGGGGCAAGGGAGAAGAGCGCAAAAAGAAGCACGGAAAGAAGCCAGAGAACAAGCAGCGAGAGAAGUGAGAGAAAGAGAAGCCAGACAGAUAGAGCUUGCUAGGACUUUAGCUCGAAUCGAAGCAGCGUCGCCUGAACCGUCGACAUCGGACGACUCCGACUCCGACUCCGAGCCUGGCUCACCCGCAUCUGCGCGGGAUAAAUCGCCGUCCAUCAGCCCAUCCCAACCGGAUCCAAAGAACCCGAUCAUGUAUCUAGACGAUUUCGAUAGCCCGCCAAGCUCGGACCUGGAGCGGUUUGGAAUUUGGAGGAGUUCGGAUCAAGAUACUGCAGAUACCAGUUUGGAUGAUGUGGGAGUGGAUGAUAAUACUGCAGAUACCAGUUUGAAUGAUGUGGAAGUGGAUGAUGUGGAAGUGGAUGAUGUGGAAGCAGAUGAUGUGGAAGUGGAUGAUGCGGAACUCCAGUCGAGCCCUCUACGGAAUACUUCAGAGCGUCUACCGCGUACGGCUGCGGAAUGGGAGCGAGCAUUGCGCUCUCCAUCAGACACAGAACAAGACAGUAUGUGGAAGGUUCUCACAAUUCUAACCAAGCUGUUGGCGAGAUCAGAGGAGUUCACAUCGGCAUGGAUGAAGGAAGAAAGAGAAGCACGGCUGGAGUUUGAGGACGAUAUGAAAGACGGGAGUCUCGGAAAGUGGGACAAAGAAGAAUUCAAGAAGGCUUCUGAAUCAUUGAGAAAGCAUGGUUACAAGGGUCGCAAGUUUGCCCGUCUUGUACUGGCUUUUACGACGCACCCGAAUUUGCAAACGGCGUAUUUGGCGCUUGAUGAUGUUGCUGCUAAGGAGCUUGCGGAGACAACUCUUGAUAGUAUUGACGAUGGAUCACUUACUUUUCGUUAA